AUGCGAGGCCUAGGCGCCCUGCCGCUCCUCGUAUCGUCCCUGGCGGCGGAUGUCCACGCCUCCGCGGGCCUUGAGAUGCCAAGGAGGGCGCGAGUCCGCCGUUCCGCCACCCAUGCGGACCAGGUCGACCAACAAGGCGAGCGCUAUGAGGAUCAGGACUUUGAGGGCGCAAUCAGAGUCAACACAGCGGACACUGAUGGCCGUUCUGACCACAGCGAGCACUGCACAGCGUGGGCGGCUGCUGGGGAGUGCGAUGUCAACCCGGACUUCAUGUGUGCACACCCUCGCCAGCAAAUGCCCACCAUCCCAUUCGCUGCACUCGCUCUCAACCUCUCGGCUCGCACUCAUUCUCUAGCAUUCCCCGCUCUGGCUCCAUCGCUGGUUGAAAAGUGGCGGAGGAAGGUAGAGUGGUGGGCCGCCGUCAACAGCGCGUCCACGGUCUCCUUCAUCUCACUGACGCUUUGUAAGCGGCUGUCCCUCUUCAUUGACCGCACCUCACAGAAGAGGGCCAGCCUCGAGUGGGAAGGGACCGAGGAGGCGGUGGCGCCAGUCGGCGAGGCGGAGCUGGGCGUCACGAUUCGUCGCAACAGCGAGGAGACCUGGAUGGACGAGACGGUCCGCUUGCGAGUCCUGGUCCUUGCCGUCGACGACGAGGACGACCCUUCUCGCCAGCUCCAGCUCGGACUCGACUUUCUCCGCGUGUGUAGCGGCGAGGUCUACCUCACGACACUGGAAGGCUACGAGCGCCGCUCGGUGCGCGGGGUCUCCCUGCUGGCUCACCAUCCGGCGGGAGGGGCAGGUGUUCGAUCGCUUGGGCCACGCAAGUUCGCCUUCUCCGUCGGAGUCGGCACUGCCGAGGUCGCCCUGCUCCCACUGCCGGCCGCCCCGCUCGCUCUGCGCUUCAAAGCGGAGCCACCUCUGGAGACGCCGACUCGAAGCCAGGCGACGCCGCCACCCGCACGACCGGACGGCGGCGGCGGCGAGCUGCCGCACGAGUGGGCCAUGCUUCUAACCUCGCUGGCGCCGUUGGUGCGGCAGUAUGAGUGGCUACCGGCCACACGCCUGCCUGAAACGCUGCUCUUUGCAUCCCUGGUGUCGCUGGCGGUGGGCAUGAUCACUUGGUUGGUGGUCUGCUCCUCGAGCAAGGUGCUGCUCGUUCGACCUCUGCAGCCGACUAGGCAGCCUGUGGCCGCGCACCGGAGACGGCACAAGCCGCGCAGGCCAAGGGCGGUCCCGCCCGAGCCAGAGUGGUGGCUCGCGCUGGCGGAGUUCCACGCCGACCUCGAGGCAGCGGCAAGGGAAGAGUGCCUCUCGUUCCUCUGCUCCAUCACGGGCGAGAUGAUGCGCCACCCUGCGAUGAUUGUCGUGCGUGGCGUUGCGUCGCACAGCUUCGAGCAGGUCGCCAUUCGGCAUUGGCUCGACGACGGCGGCGCGACCAACCCGGCCACCGGAGAGGAGCUGCCACGGGGGGGCGCGUCUGUCAUCCUCAACAGCCAGAUGCAGCGCGAGAUCCGGUCGUGGUGCGAGGCCAGAGUGGCCGGCUGGAGGAGAGAGCUCGAGGAGGCGCCGUGCGAGCGGGAGCGGCCCGCCGAGCGGCCCCGCGUCCACAUCUUUGUGGACGACGCGAACAUCUUUGGCCGGACGUCGCAGUCCCUCUUCUCGAUCGCGCAGCUCGCGGCUUGCGUCGAGCGCGGCCGCGAUGUCGAGGAGCGCGUCGUCAUUGGGUCAGGGACGAGCGAGCGGGCGCGCGGGCUGUGGGAGCAGCAGGGCUACCGCGUCGACACCGACCCGCGGCCGGGAAGGCAGCGUUUCGUCGACGAAGCGCUGCACGCCCGGCUCAUGCAGACGGCGACCAAGAGCUUCGGCCCGCCGAGGACCAUCGCGCUCGUCACCGGAGAUGGCAACCGGAACGAAGGCCGCACGUCCUUUCCCGCAUGCAUCGAGAUUGCGCUCAAGCACGGCUGGCGCGUCGAGCUCCACACGUGGCGCGCCACCAUGAACCGCAUCUACCACCAGUUUGAGGGCGAGUACGGCUCCUUCUUCCGCAUACACUUUUUGGACACGCUACUCCGCGCCGCGAGUCGGUGA